UCUCAGCUGAGCACAAGGCAAAUCCACUGGAUCGCUUACUGAAUGCCUCUCUAAAUGGAAUUAAGUUAGGUGAUCAAAUGCUAGAAUUUGGACCAAACAAAGUUACUCUUCAGGAUUUAUGGACCCUCAUUCCACCAAAUGAGAUGACUAAAUAUGCUGCCACACUAAUUGAAAAUAAAACUGUGGCACCUGGAUGGCUUAGUGAUACAGUUAUCAACGCUUUCUUAUGGAAACUUUCAUGUGAAUAUCCUGGUGUCCUACCAGCAGAAUCAUAUGUAUGUCAGUUGGUGCAACGAGGAUCUAGUACACGUCGACUGUGGGCAGAUCAAAAUUUCAUGGCAAUUGACACAAUAAUAUUUCCUCUCAAUAUGUCUGGGAGCCAUUGGACACUUUUGGUAAUCGACAAACAAAAAGAGAUGGUAUACUACCUUGAUCCUAUGGAAGGUCAUGUAGAAGAAGUUAUCAGUGAGGCAACAAGAGUUGAACUUUCACAGUUUAUCAAAAGCAUUUGUUUGCUGAAUAUCUGAGUCAAAAUCUUGACAUAAAUGCAAAGUUUGACAUGAGAAAAGUGAGGCAGCACGUGACUUCAACGAUUAUGGGUUCUUGCUAUGAUGACAUUUAUGAGAGAAAUUGUUUGGUAUGCAAGAUUUGCAAGAUAGAUUAUGGUGAAGACUGGUUGGGAUGUGAUUCAUGUGGGUAGUACUUUCAUGCAAGUUGUUUGAAUGUUGACUUUGGACAAACUCUGACAGAGUACUUUGCUUGCCCAUAAUCAGACAUGACAAUUGUAUAAUAAUACAAAACAUAAAUUGUAAGAUUUAAAAGUGCCGAAUAAAAAAGACUUACCGAUUAGAA